AUGGCGGAAGCUGCAACGGAAGUCAAGCUCUUUAACAAGUGGUCGUACGAUGACAUCAGCGUCGCUGCGGACAUCUCGCUGGAAGACUACAUUGCCGUAAAGGGCAAGGCCGCGACGUUCUUGCCACACACGGCCCAGCGGUACCAGAAAAAGCGGUUCCGCAAGGCGCUGUGCCCCAUUACGGAGCGUCUGGUGAACGCCUUGAUGCGUAAAGGGCGCAACUCUGGCAAGAAGCUCAAGGCCACGCGCAUUGUCAAGCACACGCUCGAGAUCAUCCAUUUGUUGACGGACAGGAACCCGUUGCAAGUGGUGGUGGAAGCUGUGAUCAAGUCGGGACCUCGCGAAGACUCGACCCGUGUUGGCUCGGCUGGUGUCGUGCGUCGUCAAGGCGUCGACGUGUCGCCCUUCCGUCGGGUGAACCAGGCGCUGUACUUGAUUGCGACGGGCGCGCGUGAAGCGUCGUUCCGUAACGUCAAGACCAUUGCCGAGUGCUUGGCGGAUGAGCUCAUUAACGCGUCCAAGGGUUCGUCCAACAGCUACGCGAUCAAGAAGAAGGACGAGAUUGAGCGUCCAGCAAUGGAGAUUUUUCGGUUUGGUCUCCACUUUGUCACAGUAACAGCGUCAAAGCUAGCAGCUACAUUGAUAAAAAAGACCGACAUUCUCGCGGUUGUGAUCCGAGCUGUAAGAAAUUCGCGGGAGAAACCGUCGCUUUCGGAUAGUCUUCAGCGUUUUUGCUCGUUUUCCGACAGAUAG